CAAAUUCUUAAUAAAAGACAAGUUUGAAGAGAACAAUAAUCGAAACUAAACCUUUAGAAUAAUUGUAUAUAAGAGAAAUCAUGGGUAACGAAAAUCAAAAGGGAAUUUCUACAAAGCAAAUUCACGACUGGCAAGAAAUUGCUGAGAAUAGACUCUCAAAGAAGGAUAUCAAACGUUACAGAAAGAUAUGGUUGGAUAUGUUUGGUGAUAAGGAAAUGGACAAGGAUGGUUUUAAAAAGUGGAUAAAGGCUAUUGGUAUUUUCCCUAACCUUCCAAAGGAUGCUCCAAUAGAUCACUUGUUCCGUUCCUAUGAUCGUAAUAGAGAUGGUAGUAUUAGUUUUGAAGAAUUCAUUCUCUACCUCUCCAUCACUGCUCCAACUCAAACAGAACAAGAUCCAAGCAAAAUCAUUGAAGUUACCUUCUUGUUGUACGAUGCUGAUGGUGAUGGUCGUUUAACUUCAGUUGAAUUGGAACAAGGUAUGAAGGAUACAUUCCGUUUGUUAGGACAUGAUGUUGAUAGUGAAAAAUUCAAGCACAUUAUCUCACAACGAGUGAAGCAAUUGAUGGACUUUGCUGAUAUUAAUGGAGAUGGUGAAAUUUCACUUGAGGAAAUUCAAGAAGCUGUCAAGAAGAAUCCAAAACUCUUGCUCAUCUUUUAAAUUCAAUCAGCAGAAACACACUAUUCCAAUAAUACCAUCACCCUUCCAAUGUAAUUCAAUCCACAAACACAAACCUACCUAAUGCAACACUGUAGUAUUGUUAUUAUUAUUCCUUCACACUACAAUAAUAGUAGACAAUUACUUCACAAUUCCAUUAGUUCUUUAUCAAAAAAGAACUAAUAAAUUAUAUUUAAAUG